AUGUUCCAAAGCGAAGCAGUAAUUUACAUUUCCGAUAUACCAGCAACAUACACUGAAGACAAGAUGCGUGAAAUCUUCAGCAAAUAUGGUGAAAUUGAACAAAUUUUACUUCGUAAAUACCGUUCUGUUGAUUUCCAAUACAGUUUCAUACAAUAUAAAGCUAAAGAACAGGCUGAAAAGGCAUUUGAUGAAGCCAAUUUCAUGAGACUUGAAACAAGCAGCAUUUUCAUUCAAUUUAUGUCACCAAAGAUACGCCAAUUACGCUUUUCUUCCGAUAAUGCUGUUUUAAUAUCAGGUGUUUCACCAGAAACAACCAACAAAUCAUUCUAUGAUAAGUAUAAAUCCUUUGGCAAAAUUAUUUUCUCGUAUUUAGUUCAGAACAAAGGAUAUGGCUAUAUCCAAUAUGAAACAAAAAAAGCGGCCAAAGCAGCUACUGAAUCUGAUGCAAAUAUUACAAAUUAUACUUAUAAACCUUUAGCAAAGGCUUUCCAAGAAGUUGUUGUUAAUGACGUAUCCGAAGAAGCAUUCCCAGGCAUCAAAUCUCUCUUUGAAAAGCUCGGAGAGAUCAAAAACAUCGAAAAAGUCGAUAAAUCUUAUUACAUCAGAUUUGCUGACCACAAAGCAGCCGAUUCAGCCUUCUUAUUCUUCAACAUGUGCAUUGUAGGCUCAUCCAUUGUUAAAGUUGACAUGUCUCCACGUGAAACAGAUUAUUUCCAUUAUUAUCUUCUUGAAGCCGCAACUCACAUGGGCGAUGAAGAUUCAUUCGUUAAAGUUGCUCUCAAGAACCUUCCUAACACCGUUACAUGCGGCCAACACGUUCGCGAAAUUUGCGAAAAAUAUGGCGCAGUGCAAGCACCUCGUUUGAACCUUAAUGAGAAGUGGGAAAGUCUUGGGACAGCCACUUGCACAAUGAUGUCACACCAGGAUGCUUUAAAUGUCAUCGAAGGCCUUAAACGAGAUAAUUCUCAAAUAAUUGCAGCCAGAUCGAUGUCAAUUGACGAAGCCAAGCUUUAUAAAGAGGUAUCCGAUCUUAAGAUAUACAGAGAUCAAACGAAUUCAUCAAAAGACAGACAAUUCUUAGUUACAGAACCAAAAGAAUUGAAAUUAAUCAAAGAUGAAUUCAAAUCUGCAAUGAGAGUUGAUCUUUGCGGAUCUCUCGCUUUAGUUAUGUUCAAGACAACAGAACUGAUGGAUGCUGCUGUAUCUAACUACAAUGGAAAGUUUGGAUCAUUGCUUUUCUUCGAAAAAGUUGAUUCAAUGGCUCUUCCUCCAUUAGGAAAAUCGUGGCCUCCUCAGCAGAGAUUCCCAUUCAGAAACAACGUCAGAGACAGGUUUAUGAGGAAAGUUCUGGCAAUGAGACCUGAUUUCAACGAAAACAAGUUCAAGGACGUAACACCUGAAGUCGCAAGAUUCCUUUUAGGACAUGAAAAGGUAAUGAACGCUUGGCUUGAUGAGUAA